GGGAAGGAGGCCCCGGUUCCGGCAGGACGCCGGCGGACGGCGAGAGGCGGCUGGCCGUGAGGGAGGCGCUCCCCCGCCCCCACCAGCACGCGGGCUGCCCGGCCAUGCGGCUCGGCCCGGUACGCCCCUGAGAGUGCGGGCGCCCUCCCCUCCCGCCCUCCCCUCCCCCCGGGGGCUGCCGCCCAGCCCGCCACCCCGUGCCCCCGGGCAGGCUGAGCAGGCGCUCCCGCAGGGCUGGUCCCGAUGGCCGGGUGCCGGCGGGGUGUGCCGUGGGCCUGGGCGUGCGUGGCGGCGGCGGCCGCCCUGCUGCUUGCGGGCGGGCUGGUGCGCGGCGACUGCUGGCUGAUCGAGGGCGACAAGGGCUUCGUGUGGCUGGCCAUCUGCAGCCAGAACCAGCCGCCCUACGAGGCCAUCCCGCAGCAGAUCAACAGCACCGUCGUGGACCUGCGGCUGAACGAGAACCGCAUCCGCAGCGUGCAGUACGCCGCGCUGAGCCGCUUUGGCAACCUCACGUACCUCAACCUCACCAAGAACGAGAUCGGCUACGUCGAGGACGGCGCCUUCUCGGGCCAGUUCAACCUGCAGGUGCUGCAGCUGGGCUACAACCGGCUGCGCAACCUGACGGAGGGCGUGCUGCGCGGCCUGAGCAAGCUGGAGUACCUGUACCUGCAGGCCAACCUCAUCGAGGUGGUGGCGCCCGGCGCCUUCUGGGAGUGCCCCAACAUCGUCAACGUCGACCUGUCCAUGAACCGCAUCCAGCGGCUGCACGGCGCCACCUUCGCGGGCCUGGCCAAGCUGUCCGUGUGCGAGCUCUACAGCAACCCCUUCUACUGCUCCUGCGAGCUGCUGGGCUUCCUGCGCUGGCUGGCCGCCUUCAGCAACGCCACGCAGACCUACGACCGCGUGCAGUGUGAGUCGCCGCCGCUCUACUCCGGCUACUCCCUCCUGGGCCAGGGCCGCCACGGCCAGCGCAGCGUCCUCAGCAAGCUGCAGUCCGUGUGCACCGACAGCUCCUACGCGGCCGAGACCCGCCCGGCGCCCGGCCGCUCGCCGCCGCCGCCCCCCGCGCCGCCCGCGGAGCCCAGCGAGGCCCCCUGCGCCGAGGAUGAGUGCUUCUCCGGCGACGGCACCACGCCGCUCGUGGCCCUGCCCACGCUGGCCCCGCAGGCCGAGGCCCGCCCGCUCCUCAAGGUCAAGCAGCUGACGCAGAACUCGGCCACCAUCACGGUCCAGCUGCCCAGCCCGUUCAACCGCAUGUACACGCUGGAGCACUUCAACAACAGCAGGUCGACCACCGUGUCCCGGCUGACGCGGGCCCAGGAGGAGAUCCGCCUGACCAACCUCUACGCGCUCACCAACUACACCUACUGCGUGGUCUCCAGCAGCUCGGGCCUGCACCACAACCACACCUGCCUCACCAUCUGCCUGCCCAAGCCGCCCGGCCCGCCGGGCCCCGUGCCCAGCUCCUCCACGGCCACCCGCUACAUCACGACCACCCUGGGCUGCCUCUUCGGCGUGGUGCCGGUGCUCGGCGCCGUCUACUACUGCCUGCGGAGGCGGAGGCGCCGGGAGGGGAAGCUCAGGAAGGCGGCCUCGGCAGCCGCGGCCGGCAGCCUCAAGAAGACCGUCAUCGAGCUCAAGUACGGGCCCGAGAUAGAGGCGCCCGGCCUGGCCCCGCUGUCCCAGGGCCCGCUGCUGGGCCCCGAGGCCGCGACCCACAUCCCGUACCUGCCGGCGGCCACCGGUGAGGCGGAACAGUGCAGGCUGGCGGAGAGCGGCGAGACGCCCAAGGCCAGCAAGGGCGGCUACAUGGAGGUGCGUUCGGUGGGGCAGGCAGAGCGCAGGGACGGGGAGCCGGGCCGGCCGGGCCCCGACGGCCGGAGCUCGGUGGCCGAGAUCUCCACCAUCGCCAAGGAGGUGGACAAGGUCAACCAGAUCAUCAACAACUGCAUCGACGCCCUCAAGUCCGAGUCCACCUCCUUCCAGGGCGGCAAGUCCGCGGCCGUGUCCGCGGCCGAGCCGCAGCUGGUGCUGCUGUCCGAGCCGCUGGCCGGCAAGCACGGCUUCCUGUCGCCCGCCUACAAGGACGCCUUCAGCCACGGCCUGCGGCGGCAUCACAGCGCGGAGGCCGCCCCCGGGGCCCCGCGCGCCAGCACCUCGUCCAGCGGCUCCGCGCGCAGCCCGCGGCCCUACCGCGCCGAGGCCGCCGGGGCGCACAAGGCCGCGGCCACCGAGGCCAAGUACAUUGAGAAGAGCUCGCCCGCGGCCGACGCCAUCCUCACUGUGACACCCGCGGCCGCCGUGCUGCGGGCCGAGGCUGAGAAGAGCCGCCAGUACGGCGAGCACCGGCACUCGUACCCCGGCUCCCACCCCGCCGAGCCGCCCCUGCCCCACGAGGGCCCCGGCGGCCGCAAGGCGUCCAUCCUGGAGCCGCUGACCCGGCCGCGGCCCCGCGACCUGGCCUACUCGCAGCUGUCCCCGCAGUACCAUAACCUGAGCUACUCCUCCAGCCCCGAAUACACCUGCAGGGCCUCCCAGAGCAUCUGGGGGCGCUUCAGACUGAGCCGCCGGCGGCACAAGGACGAUGGCGAGUUCAUGGCCGCCGGCCACGCCCUGCGCAAGAAGGUUCAGUUCGCCAAAGACGAGGAUCUGCACGACAUCCUGGACUACUGGAAGGGCGUGUCCGCACAGCACAAGUCCUGAGCCCCCGCCAGGCGCCCGGGGCCCGCGCCCUCCCCGAAACGC